CUUGUAACGUUCACGCGCUGCAUUCCAACCCAAUGGCUUCGUGGGAAGAUCAGUUAGAUACAAAUGGUUCUGUCACUACCAAAUUUUCCCAGUUGAAUGUAGAUGCUCCUGAGUUUAUACCCGGCCAACCAUUUAUUUUCAAACCACCCCCAAUCCCUGAAGUAGUUCCUAGCAUCCCUCCUGAGGUUGAAACUCCAAGUCAAUCUUUACCGUCUAGUGAAGUACAAGAAGAAGACGUCAGUUUAGAUAAAGAUGAAGAGGUUCCUAAGAAGACGUUAACUAUUGUCCCAGAUAAAGAUACACUUAAUUUAGUGUUCAUUGGUCACGUGGAUGCAGGAAAAUCUACAAUUGGCGGCCACUUACUGUUUCUAACAGAUAUGGUCGAUAAGAGGACUUUGGAAAAAUAUGAACGUGAAGCUAAGGAAAAAAAUCGGGAGUCUUGGUAUUUAUCCUGGGCGUUGGAUACAAAUCCAGAAGAACGAGACAAAGGGAAAACAGUUGAAUGUGGACGUGCCUACUUUGAGACUCAAAAGAAAAGGUUCGUUUUGAUUGAUGCACCCGGCCACAAAUCCUUUGUACCUAACAUGAUAUCAGGAGCAGCUGUUGCCGAUAUUGCUAUAUUGGUUAUAUCAGCUAGACGUGGAGAGUUUGAAACGGGGUUCGAAAAGGGUGGACAAACGAGAGAGCAUGCUUUGUUAGUAAAAACUGCUGGUGUUAAGCAUCUUAUUGUGGUAGUCAACAAAAUGGAUGACCCGACAGUUUUAUGGGAUGAAGUCCGUUACAAUGAAUGCAAAGAUAAGAUUUUACCCUUUUUAAAGAAAAUCGGCUUUAACAUAAAAACCGAUGUUUACUGUAUGCCGUGUUCAGGAUUUGAUGGAGCUUUCCUUCGUGAUAUCCCCAGUGAAUCAGUUUGCUCGUGGUAUAGGGGUCCGAGUUUAUUGGAAUAUCUUGAUAGUCUCCCUAGUUUCUCUCGAAAAACAGAUGGCCCUUUGAGGCUUACUGUAACUGACAGAUACAAGGACAUGGGUACGUACGCUUCUGGAAAAGUCGAAUCUGGAUCAGUGACAAAAGGUGAAACCAUAGUGUUGAUGCCAAACAGAGUGAACGUCGAAGUCAUGCAGGUAUUCGUAGGCGAUGUUGAGGUUAACUGCGCUGCUGCUGGAGAACACUGCAAGCUCAAAUUAAAGAAUAUUGAUGAGGAAGAUAUCAGUCCGGGCUUCUGCUUUUGCUCUCUCAAUAAUUUCUGUCAGGUUUCAAAUAUAUUCGAUGCUCAAUUACUUAUUCUCGAUUAUAAAUCUAUCAUUUGUCCAGGAUUUAUGGCUGUGCUUCAUAUUCAUACGUGUAUGAAAGAGGUGCGCUUACGCACAAUUAUCUGUAAAUUAGAUAAACGAACAAAUCAAAAGACAGAUAUAUCUCCUAGAUUUAUUAAACAACAUGAUGCUGCCAUUGUUAGAUUUGAAGUUAUAGGCGGUGCAAUUUGUUUAGAAAAAUUUCAGGACUUCUCACAGCUUGGUCGUUUCACCCUACGUGAUGAAGGAAAAACAAUCGCACUUGGAAAAGUUGUAAAAAUUGUCAAUCCAAUUGAAUUCGACCAGUGA